AUGGCGGCGGCGGUCUCGGCUUCCACAACUGCUCUCCCUCCUUCCUCACCAACCACCCGCCCGUCGCCUCCACAAAUUCUCGAGAUCGCCCCCCGUCCGUUCGCGAUUGCAUCUGCCCCCGAUGGAGAGCCCUCCACCGCCGCCCUCGCCGAACCUCGCCCAACCGAGAACUCCUCCCACUCGCACGAGCCAAGACAAAACUGCGACGCUCUCCUCCUCGUUGCGCCGCCGCAUGGGCCGCGAGAGGAGGCGCCGGGGGUUGGGUCCCCGGAGAGAGGUGGCGACGGGUCCUCUUCCUCGCGUUGGUGUCCAUCUCCUUCCUCGUCUCCCUCAUCCUCCUCUUCCUCUCCGCCCCGCACCUCCGCUUCCCGGGCCCAACCCCGUCCUCCUCCUCCGCGGCCACCGCCGUCCGGCGCGGGCCUGACGCGCCGUCCUACCUCGCGUACCUCCUCACCGGCGCCCGCGACGACGGGCGGAGACUCUUCAGGCUCCUCCUCGCGGUCUACCACCCACGCAAUCGCUACGUGCUCCACCUCUCCACCGACGCGCCCGACGACGAGCGUCGGAGCCUCGCCGCCGGGGUUGCGGCCGCCGCCCUGCCGUGGACACGUUCGGGAAUGUCGCCGUCGUCGGCAUCCUCACCGCGGGGACGCUCAUGGGAUCCUCCGGGUUCGCUGGCACGCUCUAACUAAUAUACUUUUUUCUUCAGGAACAACUGGGGAGCUAAAAGCUAUACCAUGGACACAACUUUCUCCCAUGAGAUGUGCAGCUGAUACGUGGGCCCAUUUGGAUGUUCGCCCGCAGGACAUAGGUUACUGGCCUACUAAUCUGGGCUGGGCUAUGGGACCUCUAAUCCUGUACGCAUGCUUUCUAAGUGGUGCAACUUCGGCUUUAUACCAUGGAUCUCCCCUUGGUCGUGGUUCCUGCAAAUUUGUACAUGUGUGUUUGGCAUACGUGCACCUUCACUUGCUUUCAUCUGCUAAAAAGAUUUAUCCUUGUUACUUGCAAAUAGUUAGUUCUGUUGGUUUUGAGUUCCAUUAUGUUAUGGUACAUUAG